AUGCUUAAUGCUCAGUUGAUCCUCCUUGGCGCACUCGCCCUCCAGGGUGUUGCUGGUGUCGCUAUCAUGGACGAUGAAUGGCACUUGAAGCUCCUCAAGCGUCAGGCUCCUGGUACUCCAGCUUACAACUGCCACGAUAACUGCGGUCAAGCUAUCACUGCCUCCCGCCGUGAUAACCACUGCGACGACAAUGUUUUCAAUAACAACUAUGCCAACUGCUUGCAGUGCUCCGGUCCUGACAACUACAACAUCUGGAGGUACUACGGUUUUUCUUUGGGCGCUGCUGGUGGGGAAUGUGGUCUCUCAACCACUCCUCUCUCUGGAAAGCAGCCAGACGUCCCCCCAGCUCUGUCAGCUGGUGGUGAAAUCCCCAGCGGUGUCGAAACUACCCCACCAGCAACUACCACCACUGAGCCAGAGCCAACUGAGGACCCUGAACCCACCACCACUGAGCCCCCAGCUACUACCGCUCCUCCCACUCAAGAGCCAACUACCGAGCCCACUCAAGAGCCAACCGCUGAGCCAACCUCUGAGCCUACUGCUGAACCUACUCAGGAACCUACUGCUGAGCCUACCUCUGAGCCAACUGCUGAGCCAACCGAGGAACCUACUGCUGAGCCCACCGAGGAACCCACCGCUGAGCCAACUGAGGAACCUACCGCUGAGCCCACCGGAGAGCCAACCGCUGAGCCCACUGCUGAACCAACUGGUGAGUCUUCGACAGAAGAGCCGAGUGUUGAACCAACCUACAACCCUACCUACAACCCCCCUACCUACAAUCCCACAGUUCCUACCUACAACCCUACCACAACUCCUACCACAGCUCCUACCUACAACCCCACUACAGCUCCUACAAGUAAGUCUUCGACAUGUGAAACCACUGUUGAAUCCACAUACAAGCCUGAGCACCCAACCUAUGCUCCUUCAUCCUCCGAGCAUUCGUCUCACCCGACCUAUGCUCCAUCGUCCUACGAACCCCCACAACCCUCAUAUGAGCCAUCACAUGAGCAAACCACAAUCAAGACGACUACUGGUGUAUAUCCGACUUACUCGUCGGUCGUUGUCACUUAUACCAGUGUCACAACCAGCUAUGUCGCUCCAUCUGGAACCGCCACCGACGGCCCUACCCCUACCUACGGAUCUGGCAACCAGACCUCCACUGUUGUACCACCACCAGAAUACACUGGUGCUGCCAACUCCCUUGUCUCCAGUGGAUUCGCCAUCUUCGGUGCCGCUGCUAUUGCCGCUCUCGCUGCUUUGUAA